CCAGUACAACAAUAGUGCCAGUGCCAGCUCCCCAGUCAAGCGUCUCGCAGUCUCCACCCCGCCUCCCAGCUCUCCAGACAGCUAUGCGGACGGUACUCUUCAUCGCCUUGGCUCUUGGGUUUUGUAGGGCAGCGGGCCCGUUGGAUCCGACUGUUGAUCACCUGGGACGGAACGAUGUCCAGGAAACUAUCAACACCGAAGAACAGCGAUAUAAACACUUGUUGUUUCAGAUUCAUGGGACAGUACAGAAGUUGCUCGACAGCCACCAGAAGCACAUCGACGAACGUAUCAAUUCUUUAACGCAGUUAGUGGGCAAUAGCUGCAGUUCCGACGCCACUGGUCAAACUAACGUACUAGGUUCUAAUUCUGAAGAUUUAGAACCUAAGAUAGAAGAAUUGACAAAUUUUUUCUUUGCGAGAUUAACAGCCACCGGAGAGAAAUUCGUCACAGAUAUUCAGUCAAAGCUGGCCACCGUGACUUCCGAUGUAGUGGGACACAUAACGUUGCAGUUGUUGGCCGUGGCGGAUAAGCAGGACGUGGCAGUAAUAAAUCACCAACUGUCGAACCUGGCGACCUCCCAGGCCCUGGACGAAAUGCAGCAGAGCCUCUCGUCCUUCGCCUCCACCGCGACAGCAGAGGUCAAGCAGGCGAUCGCCAGUCUGGCUUCCGAGUGGAGCGUCAAUAGUAAAAGUCUUGCUUCGAGUAGUCAAGUCCUAGAAAUUAAGGAGCAGCUCGCCACCGUUUCAUCUUGUAACCAGAAGAACGACAUCGACCAAGUGUUAGCUCUACUGGCAACAGCCGAGGAAGACAUUGACAGUCUGGCAGAUACUUUGAGGACUUCUGUGGCACGGCCGGCCUGGUGCAGCUGCUGGAGAGCCUGCGAGCCGUGGUGGACGGCAACGCCAACAGCAUCCGCGGCGUCGCCUCCACCGUGGGCAAGCUGGAGGGCGAGGUCGCGGCGCGACUCGGGGCCCUCGAGGAGCUGGCCAAGAAAAUCAACAACAACACGCUGCUUCCUCCGC